AUGGAUCAAGUCACGGAUGCUGCUAGGGCCCAUAGUAACCCCAGUUUGUGGGAAACCUUCUGCAGAGAUGAGGCUAAACAAUGGGCAUCCGCGUUCCUGGAGCGUGUCAGAAGUUUUAAGCUGAGAAACUCAGUUACAAGCGGAGUACACGACAGUACUUUCACAAACGAAUUCUCUGCAGCUUUCUUGGAAGAGACCUCAAUCCUACUGUCUGUUGAAAACGGAAUGCAGUCUAAUGGAGAGGCCACUGGGCUAGCAACCAGCCUGCCUACAGCCUCUACUCAGAGUAUAAGCAGUUCACCUGAUGUGUCCAGUCCAAGGAAGAGCAAUAAGAAGUCAUGGUUUAGUCACCUCUUCAAGUGGUCCAAAUCCCAGCGAGCAAGGAGGUCUAAUACAACCAACGCGUCAAGACAAGCACGACUCAGACGGAGCACAAAUGCCAUCAAUGAUGAUCUGGUGCGAAUGCUGAACCUGAAUGCUGAAGACUCUAUGUCUGCAUGGCAGUGCUGUCGACUCGUCUUACUGGAAGAGAACGGGACCCACCAACUUGAAGUUUACUCUCCCCCCAAGAGUUCUGUGCCCAAGAUGUCACUGUUCUGUUUCUUGAUCAAAGAAGUGCGACCUGCUACUAGCCUGGAGAUUCCCGACUCUACCAGCUGCCUUGUCAUCAAGUCACAGAAUCACGGGGAGUACGUAUUUGACGCUGGGUCAGAGGACAAACAGAGGAGAUGGAUAUCCAUCAUCAGAGCUUACUCCGCCAACCUGGCCCCGCCCACCAACGGACACCUACCAGGGUACUCGGCAGGUGGUGGCCUUCGCCCUCGCUCCCACUCCAUCGGUGCAGGUGACCAUCGUUCCUCCCUCGCGGCCACACUCCCUCCCCCCAUCGCCCUCGCUAAUGCACAGAGGGCCGCUAGGUUCCCCUCAGAGAACAGAUUAUUCCCUCCCACUGCUGCUGACAUGACGAACAGUAACGAGUCAGUCAUGGUGGACGUGUCGUCAUUCAUUCGAAGUAGUCCAAAUCGCAGUCCUUCUAGGAGACGAAAAGUGCACAGUAUGUUUAUCGAGUCAACUCUCACCACACAGUUAGACUCUGCCCGCAAUUCUCAAGCCACACCCACUUCACAGGGGGUUGGGUUUCCGUACGACUCUCCCUGCCCCUCCCCCCCUCCACUACCAAAGAGAGGUAUGCGUCCGAAAAACGUGGCCAUUUUAAAUUCACCAGUAUUGGAGAAAAAUCCGAAACCAAGUUCCCCUUCUCUCCGAUCAAUUACUACCCCCAGUGAGGGGAAUACCCCCCAGAGGAGAAUGAGCCAGCCUCAGAUCGAGUUACAUAAUGUUUCCACUCCCGAGUUGUUGCCUAGUAACUUGGAUUCUUGUUCAAUAUCGUCAUCAUCGUCAGCACUACAUCCGGUGACACUAGCGGACAUAGAGAGACGAGGACCGCUGAGCCCCUCCCACCUCCGAUACUCCUCACAGCUCAGCAUACUCAGCGAGGGUCGCGGUGCCACGGCAACCAAACCCAGCAACUCUCGGGUCAGGAAGAUCAGUGCUCCACUUCUCGUACCUCAUCAACCGUAUGUGGAGCGAGAUGUCGUUCAUCCGGAACUCAGCACCACCGUUGUCUCGAAAAAUCACUCGUCUGAUAAUUUCCAUGCCGCCUCCCCUACCGCUGGUAACCGUGACAGUGACCAAUCAGAAAGAAUAACGCCAAAUAACGAUGAAAUUCGGGAUACAGCCGAGGAUAUGUCGUCUAAAGCUACCCUCAAUUUCCCGAUUGCGUCACGUUCCUACUCACCGAACUCCCAGCCCCGUACGCCAAGUGACGAGGAACCACAGAUGGACACUCCUAGACGACUUGUCCCUUACACCAGACUCAACGUGUCCAGUCUCGUGGAGGCACGCUCGAACCAGCCGCCCGCCUCCCUUCGCGGGAACGAGCCCGAGCGAUCACACAGCCAGGCUAGUAAUAACACUGAAGGCUCCGAGGAUCCAACCCAGCCAUUGUAUAUCGAGACUACCGGGAACGAAGGCGUGAGUCAGUCGAGUCCACACACUCGGCAUCCGUACGAAAACUGGGCCACUACGCCGCAAGACGUCACUAAUCUACGCCAGCUGUCACAGUUUCCGUGGUUUCAUGGCAUGAUAAGUCGGAACAAUGCUUCACAGUUGGUGUUAGGAGAGGGGGACGGUGGGACUGGACAGUACCUGGUCAGACAGAGCGAGUCGCGGGAGAGUGACUUCGUGCUCACUUUCAACUACCACAACAGAGCUAAGCAUCUACGACUCACAUUAGACGGUAACGGCUGCAACAUUCAACACCUCUGGUUUGACGAUGUUCCUGGAAUGCUCGAGUAUUUCAAGACCAACUCGAUUCCUCUCGAGUCAUUCUGGCUCAACAAUGACGUCAAAUUAACAACUUUCAUUGACCGCAAAAAAUCAGAUGCUUUCCGCACGACUACAGUGGUCAAUGUAGCACGACUCAAUCGAGCUCCACCCGGUCGAUCACGAAGUUUCCAUAUCACAAUGUCUCAGGCUGUUUCCACGGAAACACGGCCUCCCCUCGAUCGUUCAGUAUCGUCUGCAAGUUCGACGACCUCAACGAACUCUCUCCCCCCCGGGGCUCGGAAUGGAGUGGGGGUACGAAGUUUGUUUCGAUCUCAGCGAUCGUCCAGUGCGGGUAACAUGAACGGUGUGAGAAGUGGAGCCACAGUACAGAGAAGACACUCAACUAACGCCGGGUCUGUACUGGAUACAAGAGGGCGUGGCAGUGGGCGUGGCUCGAUAAGGAAUGGACAAAACACUUAUGUAUACAGAAACUACUGAUUAGGUCAUAUUUUGUAAUCUCAUUCAAGGAAUACAUGCAUUUUAUCAAUCAAAUUUCAAAUUAUUAUACAUGUAUCAAAUUAUUCACUGCGAUUGUUUUUUAUGAUGUCAUCAUGAUUAUAUAUCAUAUACAGGUUUA